AUGCCUACAUUUAGAGAUAAUUUCCCACCAAAGCCUCAGUUCGCCGAGAAUUCAAUCAGCAGCCAAGCUGGAAAGGUAUUCUUGGUGACUGGAUGUUCCAGUGGAGUCGGUAAAGAACUGGCAAAGAUUCUCUAUUCGCAUAAUGCAAAGGUCUACAUCACCGCCCGAUCCACAAAGAAAGCUGAGGCAGCAAUAGCCGACAUCAAAGCUGCGCAUCCAGAAUCGCGAGGGGAGCUCAUUUAUCUACAUCUCGACCUCAACGACCUAUCUUCCGUUAAACAGUCGGCCGACGAGUUUCUGAGACUCGAAAACAGAUUAGAUGUGCUGUGGAAUAAUGCGGGUGUUAUGCUCUCUCCUACUGGUACAAAAACAAAACAAGGCUAUGAGGAGCAGUUGGGUGUCAACUGCCUGGCGACUUUCCUCUUUACCCAGCUUCUCACUCCGUUGCUGAUAAGCACAGCAAAGACUGCUGCUCCUGGCUCCUAUGCAAAACUACACCAGAAUGAUGGCAUCAUGGUGGUCAUCAAUAUGAUGGUGUAUCCGCCGAUCAACGGCGCUUAUACUGAGCUGUUUGCCGGUCUCUCGCCAGAGGUGACCUUGGAGAAGAGUGGUGCUUGGAUCCAGCCGUGGGGCCGCUUCAGCAGUCAGAGGUCUGAUUUGGUCGAAGGCUCAAAGUCCAAGGCUGAGGGCGGAACUGGUAUCGCAGAGAAAUUUUGGAGUUGGUCAGAAGAGCAAGUCAAGCCAUUUAUUUGA